GUGGGCGGCAGCGAGCCGGCCUCCCUGUCCUACCUGGCCUUCGAAGGCGCCACCAAGAGGAACAGGCCGAACGUGCAGGUGGGAGAUCUCAUUUAUGGCCAGUUCGUUGUAGCAAAUAAAGACAUGGAACCAGAGAUGGUCUGUAUAGACAGCAGUGGAAAGUCAAGUGGCAUGGGAAUAAUUGGACAAGAUGGCUUCCUCUUUAAAGUUUCCUUAGGUCUAAUAAGAAAGCUCUUGGCUCCCAAAUGUGAAAUAAUUCAAGAGUUGUCGCAAUUGUACCCAUUUGAGAUGGUGCUGGGAAUGAAUGGAAGAAUAUGGGUAAAAGCAAAAACAGUUCAACAGACUUUAAUUGUAGUAAAUAUUUUGGAAGCCUGUGAGCAUAUGACUGCACAACAGAGAAAACAAGCCCUUGCCAAACUGUCAGGGAACUAACAGGAGAAAACCUUGGAGAUUUGUUUGUGAUGACUGUAGGGUGUUUUGGUUAUUUUUGUAUUCAGAUUUAUAUUAAAAACCUUUUUUUAAAUUAAA